AUGGACUACAAAAACACUCAGGUGUACAUGGAGGACGGGACCAAGGCUCCAGGGGUCCAGCCAAGUCCUGGUCUGAGUUCCGCAGGAAAGGAGACUGAUGCUGAGCCCACCACAUCAGGAGUCAGCCAGGUGGUGUUUCCGGAUGCCGCAGUCACCGACAGUGGGAUGCAGCCUCCAUCUGCUCCAGGAGGGCCGGAGCAGGAGCCCGGACACACGGAAGCGUCUGAGGAGUGGCCUUCGGAGGAGCUAGGGACCCAGGAGCAGAGGCUUCCAGCAAGUUCAGGGAAGAACCAAUCGUCUUGGACAGCCCCCGAAGGGCCCGGGGAGCUGCAUGCAUGCCACCAUCAAGUCAAGCCAGAGACGGACCUGGGGCAGCCACCUUCCAGGCUUCCUGUGACACCGGAGGGGCUGCUGCAGCCUGGGGUGGAGACAGAGCCCCAGCAGGAGAGAGAACAGACCCCAAGCCCUGUGGAGGAUCAGACCCCUGGGAGUUGGUGCGAAACGUCACAGCCGGACUUGGAGUCACCAGGUCACCAGGCAGCAAAUGCGUCAGACGUGGUGCAGCCAACAGAGCCUUCUUGCUCCUUGGACUGCUGUGGGCAGCCACCCGGAGACAAUGCCCCCAAAGAGGCAGGCAUCCCACACAUCGACCCACAGGAGGCCGUGCCCGAGCCCAGUGCAGAGGAUCUCGAAGACGGCUCCCAGGAAGCGAUGCUCCUACUGCCUUUGACCACCGCAGAGGAAAAGACAGCGAUCCUCCUUUUUCCAUCCACACCAAGACCUAAAACCCCCAAAGAAGAAGGCGAAGCCGUGGAGACCCAGUCAGCAGCGGGGCCUCUUCUUCCACCAGAGGUGAGGGACAUUGACGAAAGGAGGGAGCCGAGCCCCGUGCAGAAGCGCCUGCAGGAGCCUGAGCUGGCGGCGGCCCAGAUCGCUGGGAACCCCUGGCAGGGCUUCAUGAAGUGCCUGCUGGAGGUGGAGGAGGAGGAAGUCAUCCACCGGAGGGCCGCCAGGGCCCGGGCUCUGACCCCCCGGAAGUCCCCGAGGACCUUAACCCCUGUGUCCAGCUCAGCCCCGGCCAGCAGCUCCACCCCAGGCUUGCCUCUGACCCUGCUGCAGGCCCCCGCCUCCGCCCCGGCCACAGUCCCUCUAUGGGCCCGGGCGAUGGCCUCUGGAUCAACCCCGGUCCCCAUGGGAGCCCUGGUCCCCGCCACAGUGCCCAGCCCAGUCCUGCCGGGCCCCAGCUUGGACCUGGGCUGGAGGCGGCCAGAGCUUCUGUCCCAGAGCAACGACCGGAGCCUGAGUUACACCAAGGCACGGCCGGAGCCGGAGGAGCGCGGCCUCCUGAAGCUGUCCCAGGGCUGCGAGGAGUGGUCGGAGGAGCGCCUCACCCCGCGGCAGGAGGAAGCCUUCCGCAGUUACUUUGAGAUCUUCAACGGCCCUGGUGAGGUGGACGCGCCGAGCCUGAAGAACAUCCUGUUCCUGGUGGGCUUCUCCCUGACGCCGGCGCAGGUGGAGGACGCCCUGAUGAGCGCGGAUGUGGACGGAGAUGGUCACGUGGACUUCAAAGACUUCUUGGCUGUGAUGACAGACUCCAGGCGCUUCUUCUGCUCCGUGGAACAGAAUGCCCUGGCGAACAUGGCUCCUCCGAACCCCCACACUCUGCUCUUUGAGAUCCUGUCUCUGCUGGUGGAGAUGCUGGCCUUGCCGGAGGCAGUCUUAGAGGAGAUCACAAACUAUUACCAGAAGAAGCUGAAAGAAGGUACCUGCAAAGCUCGAGACACAGAAUCCGCUAUUGGCCGGCUGCGGGCACGCAGGAAGCUGUCCUGCAACGCCCCGCAGGCAGACAGCUUUGAAAUCUCAGAGCGGAAGGUCCUCAGGAUCCUGAGCCGGAUAAAGCAACAGAACUAUGCUGCCAACCUGCAGAGCCCCUAUGCCCAGGUGCCCUGCAUCCCGCUCUGCCCCCGGCUGGACAAGAAGACGGUCCGGCGGAAGCAGGGCAACCACUAUGUGCUGGACCAGUGCACUCCCACCAGCCUAAGCCCAGACAUCCGCAGCCUCUUCUUCCCGUCAGGACCUCAAGGAAGCAGGGAACACAGCUCCGACAGUGGCAAGUGGCUUGGCUCUCUGCCAGCUCGAACCCACUGA